AUGGGUAGUUGUAUCUCUCUCCAAAUAUCAUGUGAUCAAGUGCUCACUCGUGCAUAUAGUUGUUUUUUUAGCCUAGGCAAUUAUAUUCACAAACUCAAGGAUAAUAUAGUGGCUCUUGAGAAAGCCAUUGAAGAUCUCACAGCCACACGAGAUGAUGUGUUGAGAAGGGUGCAAAUGGAAGAAGGAAAAGGUCUAGAGAGGCUCCAACAAGUCCAGGUAUGGCUCAAGAGAGUCGAGAUUAUUCGAAACCAAUUCUAUGACUUGUUAAGUGCUCGUAAUAUUGAAAUUCAAAGAUUGUGUUUUUAUAGUAAUUGUUCAACGAAUUUAAGCUCGAGUUAUACGUACGGUCAACGUGUGUUUUUGAUGAUAAAGGAAGUUGAAAAUCUCAAUUCUAAUGGAUUUUUUGAGAUAGUAGCUGCUCCAGCUCCAAAACUUGAGAUGAGGCCUAUUCAACCAACCAUUAUGGGUCGGGAAACAAUUUUUCAAAGGGCUUGGAAUCGUCUUAUGGAUGAUGGAGUCGGAACUAUGGGUCUAUAUGGUAUGGGGGGAGUAGGCAAAACCACCCUUCUCACGCAGAUUCACAAUACGUUACAUGAUACAAAGAAUGGGGUUGACAUUGUGAUUUGGGUUGUGGUGUCUAGUGAUCUACAAAUCCACAAGAUUCAAGAAGAUAUUGGCGAAAAAUUAGGAUUUAUAGGUAAAGAAUGGAACAAGAAACAAGAAAGCCAGAAGGCCGUUGAUAUACUCAAUUGCCUAAGCAAGAAGAGAUUUGUGUUGCUUUUGGAUGACAUAUGGAAGAAAGUGGAUUUAACAAAGAUUGGAAUUCCGAGUCAGACAAGAGAAAACAAAUGCAAAGUAGUAUUCACCACUCGUUCUCUAGAUGUAUGUGCACGCAUGGGGGUUCACGAUCCAAUGGAAGUUCAAUGUUUGUCAACAAAUGACGCAUGGGAGUUGUUCCAAGAAAAAGUUGGACAAAUAUCUUUAGGAAGCCAUCCAGAUAUUCUUGAACUUGCCAAAAAGGUUGCUGGAAAAUGUCGUGGCUUACCAUUGGCACUCAACGUCAUUGGCGAAACCAUGGCAGGCAAGAGGGCGGUGCAAGAAUGGCAUCAUGCAGUUGAUGUUUUAACUUCAUAUGCUGCAGAGUUUUCUGGCAUGGACGACCAUAUCCUUCUGAUUUUGAAGUAUAGCUAUGACAAUCUAAAUGACAAGCAUGUUAGGUCUUGUUUCCAAUAUUGCGCUUUAUAUCCUGAAGAUUAUUCAAUAAAGAAGUAUAGAUUGAUAGAUUAUUGGAUAUGCGAGGGAUUCAUUGAUGGUAAUAUAGGCAAGGAAAGAGCUGUAAAUCAAGGUUAUGAGAUACUUGGUACUCUUGUCCGUGCAUGUUUAUUGUCCGAGGAAGGAAAGAACAAAUUAGAAGUGAAAAUGCACGAUGUGGUUCGUGAAAUGGCUCUUUGGACAUUAUCUGAUCUUGGGAAGAAUAAAGAGAGAUGUAUUGUUCAAGCUGGAUCCGGGUUACGUAAAGUACCAAAGGUUGAGGAUUGGGGAGCUGUGAGAAGGUUGUCACUGAUGAAUAAUGGGAUUGAAGAGAUAUCUGGCAGUCCUGAGUGUCCUGAACUCACAACUCUCUUCCUCCAGGAAAAUAAAUCACUGGUACAUAUCUCGGGUGAAUUCUUCCGGCAUAUGCGAAAGCUAGUUGUUUUAGAUCUAUCAGAAAACCACCAGCUCGAUGGAUUGCCAGAGCAAAUAUCGGAGUUGGUCGCCUUGAGAUAUCUCGAUUUGUCACAUACAAACAUAGAGGGGCUGCCUGCUUGUCUCCAAGAUUUGAAAACAUUAAUACAUUUGAAUUUGGAGUGUAUGAGGAGACUUGGGAGUAUAGCUGGUAUAUCGAAGUUGUCGAGUUUAAGAACACUAGGACUAAGAAAUUCUAAUAUUAUGCUAGAUGUUAUGUCAGUGAAGGAGCUGCAUUUAUUGGAACAUCUAGAGAUUUUAACCAUAGAUAUUGUGUCAACUAUGGUUUUGGAGCAAAUGAUUGACGCUGGCACUUUGAUGAAUUGUAUGCAAGAGGUAUCUAUUCGUUGUCUCAUUUAUGACCAAGAACAAGACACAAAGUUACGUCUGCCAACUAUGGAUAGCCUUCGUAGUCUGACCAUGUGGAACUGUGAAAUUUCAGAGAUAGAGAUAGAGAGGUUAACAUGGAACACAAAUCCAACAAGUCCAUGUUUCUUCAACCUCUCCCAAGUCAUUAUUCAUGUUUGUUCUAGUCUCAAGGAUUUGACUUGGCUAUUGUUUGCUCCGAACAUUACUUAUCUCAUGAUUGAGCAGUUGGAGCAGCUACAAGAAUUAAUUAGUCACGCAAAAGCCACCGGUGUUACUGAGGAGGAGCAGCAACAACUGCAUAAGAUUAUUCCUUUCCAGAAAUUACAAAUUCUACACUUGUCUAGUUUACCUGAGCUAAAGAGCAUCUAUUGGAUUUCUCUGUCUUUUCCAUGCCUAAGUGGAAUCUACGUGGAAAGAUGUCCAAAGCUGAGAAAACUUCCAUUGGAUUCUAAAACUGGUACCGUUGGAAAGAAGUUUGUCCUACAAUACAAAGAAACAGAAUGGAUCGAGAGUGUUGAAUGGAAGGAUGAAGCCACUAAACUCCAUUUCUUACCAUCAACCAAACUGUUGAUUUAGCUCUUUGGUUACUCCUAAGACAGCCUGUAGGCCGUAGGACAAGCCGGUUUUUCAAGAACCAUAUCAGACGACACAAACUGUCUUACACUAUGAACAUCAAGCAAAUGUAACCAACUUUCUGUUUUCUUUCCUACCACUGGAUUGUAUUUUAUAUUUCCUCUCCCACCGUCUCUUUUGUUCUGCAACUUUUCUUUAUCUUUCCUAUUUUUUUCAAACAAGAUCUUCCCUAUUUA